AUGUCGACAGAUCAGAACGCCCCGCCUCCGGUGGCCGACUCGACCCUACAGCUCGACAUAGCCAAGCUUCACGCUCUCCCCUCCGAGCAACAGGACCUAUACCUCUUGACCUUCACCUCGGACCUUUCUCGUCACGCAAACUCUCUGGACGGAGAUGGCGCUUCCGCGAACCAAGUCUGGAUCAAGAAAGAGCUUCUACAGAUUGUCGACCUUCCUUCCCCCGCUCCAACACGUGUCAUUCGUAACAAUCUCGCAAACACCUUCGCGUCCCUCUUCGCCAAAGGAAAUCGCAAGCUGCUGUACGAGUCCAUCAAUGACCUGGCUGCCAUACUGAACGCUGGGAAAGACAAGCCUCUAAAGGCUAAACAUGCUGCCGUACAUUGUCUGGGCGCAAUCUUCGAGGCAGCUGGCGACAGCGCCAUUAGUCUCUCUGCCUUGACUUGUACCUCUCUUUUGCGCACAUUCAAGCUAGCAUCGAGCCAUGCGGGCUUACGAAGUGCCAUAUACAAGGCUCUGGGUCGCGUCAUUAAGGGCAUUGGCAAUUCGGUCGACGAAUCUGUUGCAAAGGACAUCUGGAAAUCGGCCCGUAGUGCUGCUUCGAGCGACAAGGCUCUGCUGGUUCAGAUAAACGCUUGUUGGUGCCUCGAGCAGUUGGCCACUUGCACCUCUUACUAUGACAACUCCAACGACUUCGAGAAGCUACAAACUGUCUUAUGGAAAGCCAUGGACAGCCCCUCGGUACCCGUGCGUCACGCCGCUUCCACUUGCAUGGCUGCUGUACUUGUCAAGAGCUUCUCAGAAACUCCCGUACGAGAUGUUCUCCCUCCGAAGAAGUCGAAAAAGUCAAAGAAACAAGGAGCCGCCGAGGAUGGUGAAGAAGACAUAGAACGCCCUACCACUCCUGUAUCAUCCAAGCCUAUUACAUCUGUAGCCUUCAGCCUGCUGGACAUCAUGCGACAACUAUCAGCUCAGUAUUGCAAACCUGCGGCCUCAAAUAGGACCCGUGCUGCUAUUGCUAUAUGCUACAAGCAGAUAUUCACCGCCCUGGGUGAGAGCGUUGUUGAGAGACAAUAUGGUGUCAUUGCAAAACAUCUGUUUACCGACUUAUUAAGUCAUCAGAGUCUUACGUAUCAUCGUUAUCGCAAUCUAAUGACCAGGAAGUUUGUCCGCAUUAUCCUACAGCAUCUGGUCGGAAACAUGCUCGGAGAAACAUCUCAAUUGAAUGCUGCCCGAUUCCUUAUGAACGAUAUCAUCAAGGACUAUCCUCAAGUUAUCAAAGAGCGCCCGGAACCUGGUAAACAAGUGCUCACGGCAGCUUUGAGUGCCCUGGCAUCACUAAUAGACAAGCUCGACGCUGCUAUAAGCGUCAUCUCGGAAACUUGUCGUGAAUCACUGUUGCAAGUUUUACAGCAUCCAAGCUAUACCGUCCAGGUUCACGCUUCGAGGUGUAUGAGGUCCUUUGUGCUGGCUUGUCCUCAACAACUUCUUCCGACAGUGACAAUCUGUAUGAACAGUGUCAACCGGGAAAUUGGUCUGCUUACUGGACCCCGCCAGAGUCCAAGGAGAUGCGCCGGAUAUGCAAACGGUCUUGCCGCUGUCUUGAGUGCCUCGUACAAGCAUCCACUUUAUGGAUCCGUGGACGUUUACGCUCGCGUGCUUUCACAGGCCACUGGUCUGCUCAAAUCCAGUAGUAACUCUGACUUGCGAGUAUCGAGUACCCAAGUGCAGGUCGCUUGGAUCAUGAUCGGUGGUCUCAUGUCACUGGGACCCAAUUUUGUCAAAAUUCAUCUCUCGCAGUUGUUGCUUUUGUGGAAGAACGCACUUGCACCUCCGAACAAGGAGAACAUGUCGCGACAGAGUCAACUUGAAUUGAGUUUCCUUGCUCACGUUCGUGAGUGCGCGUUGGGGUCUGUCAAGGCAUUUUUGCAUUACAACAUCAAGCUUCUGACCUCUGAUGUAUCGAGGCGACUUGCGAGCAUGUUGCAAAAUACCGGCACGUUCCUCUCCAUCUUGCCUGAAAAGAAGACGUCCGAGGACAUGUCACAACGCUUGUCUCCUGCUCUUCAAUUAGUAGACUUUGAUCUCAUGGUCAGGCGUAGGGUCUUCCAAUGUUACACCGCUCUUGUGACUGCUAGUCCAGCCGCAGCCUCAGAAAUCGCUACCCAGUCAAAUGUUUUGCCGUUGGCUGUGUCUUCAUUCGCUGAUCCAGAACGUCUUGGGCCUUCCUCCCUGAGCGUAUCAAUUGCUAGUUCUGCUGGUACACUUGAUAAUGUUUGGGGAAUGGGUGACAACAGCGGAUUCGGCGUCAAUGGCCUUAUCAAUGGCUUGGACUACUCCCCUUUGCCUUUCGAGAAACAGGGUGAAUCGAAAGAACACUGGACCUCAAGGCACAGUUAUGAAGCAGUAAUAGAUAGAACGCUUCUCUCGCCAAUCGGCGGCGCGUGGGAGCACGAUUCAACAACUUCCUACGUUACACCUGAUGGACCUCGAGUGUACGAUCAACCACAGCCACCAGCCACAGAAGUGGUCAACAGUGCAAUCGGUAUUUUUGCAUUGGCUUUCCCCUUACAAUCUCCUAGAAUUCAAGACAGCAUACUGGAACAAGUGAACGCCUUCUUGACAUCACCCGCUGUACAGAAGAGCGUAGUACAGAAGACAGCGCUCAGUGCCAACGUUGCACUGGCUCUACUGGUGACCUGCAAGGUAUUAACGGGACAAGUCAAUGGGUUGGAAGGUAAAUUACAGAGCGCAAACGCGGAGAAGAACAUGCAAAAUCUGCUUCACAAUUUCAUCGCCGACCCUGAUGAGAGCGUUCGUCAUAUUGCUGCCCAGGCUUUAGGUCGCCUUUGCGAGGUCGGCGGCAAUGACUUGACUUCACGCGAGAUCAACUACCUGAUCGAGACCAUCGUCUCAAACACUGAACCUCACGUUCGAUCUGGCUGUGCUCUUGCUCUCGCUUGCAUACACAAUUCGCUCGGUGGUAUGGCGGCCAGUUUCCACCUCAAGACCAUACUUGGUAUAUUCAUGUCUCUUUGCGCCGAUCCGCAUCCACUGGUACACUUUUGGGCGCUAGAAAGUCUCAAGAGGAUCAUUGAUUCCGCCGGCUUGACAUUCUCCGGAUAUGUUUCGAGUACGAUUGGCCUUCUUGGCCAGUUGUACGUACUGGAUACGCACAAUACGGAAACUGGACCGCUGGCUUCUUCCAACCUGGAAGUAGAGCUGCAAACGACUGCUGCUAAUGUGUGUUGUGUGGAUGCCAUCAUCAAUGUGAUGGGUCCAGACCUUUCUGAGAUGGCCAAGCCACGCGGCAUGGUCUUGACUCUUAUCCGACAAUUCCAAACCGAGAAUGAUGUCCUAGUCCUAGUCGAGAGCACCAGAUGUUUGGGCAACCUCUCGAUGUAUGCCCCAGGUCACAUGGAAUUUGAGAAGUAUGUGAAACGGUUGCAAGCAGAUCUCGACUCUGAGUCUCUUGAAAUCCGCGAUAUGGCGAUCAAGGGAUUGGCCAAUCUCAUGCGCCGGGAUGCUGAGGACAUCGUACGUGCAGCAAAUCCAGGACUCGAAGAGAAGCUGUGGGAUAUGCUCGAUGAAAAUCCAGUCCAGGAGACCAUCAAGGAAAUCUUCGUCAAUUGGUUGUCACAGACUGGGUUGACAGACACAGCGGGCUGGAUACAGAGAUGCAACACAGUUCUCACCAAAGCCAAGGCCCGUGUCGACAAUGCUACUCAAGACGAGGCUGCAGCCAAAAAGGCAGCCGCGACUGACCUUCAAGAUGAAGAAGUCGCAGGUUUUGCUGCUGGAGCAGGCACGAAGGACGAAGACGCUUCUGCGCCGACAUCAAGCCAAGAGCUCUUGAGAUGGCAGGUACGACUAUUUUGCAUGAACCUUCUUAACAGCCUCUUGGACAGUGUCGUCAAGGAAUCGGCCAUCAACGAAGACAUUCCUGCCUUAGCUUCGCUCCAACAGAGAGUGGCAGAUGUUGUGCGUGUCGCUUUCUCUGCUUCCACUGCCAACGUUGUGGGUCUUCGCAUUCUUGGUCUGCACAUCAUCGACCAAGUUCUAAGACUGUUUGGCGGUGUGCCCGAUCCCGAUUUCACCGAAGCCAUGCUACUCGAGCAAUAUCAAGCCCAGAUCAGUUCCGCAUUGACUCCUGCGUUUGCUGUCGAUUCGUCUCCUGAAUUAGCCGCCGAAGCGAUCAAUGUCUGCGCUACCUUUGUGUCGACUGGAAUUGUCACCGACAUUGACCGAAUGGGGCGUAUCUUGAAAAUUCUAGUAGCAGCCCUUGAGACUUUCGCAGGGUCUACCGAAACGUCUUCCAUCGGCGAGCUCAAAGGUCUUAGCCCAAAUGCUCAGGUCAUGGUACGCAUGUCGGUCUUUUCUGCAUGGGCUGGCUUGCAGAUCGCCACGGCCGAGCAGAAAUAUCUGGUCGAUGUGGUAAAACCUCAUGUUGCAAAAUUGACUCCUCUAUGGUUAUCGUCCCUCAGAGAGUACUCCCGCUUGCGCUUCGAACCCGACAUCUCGAACAAUACUAGCGCGACGCCAUUGUCGGACGAUCUCGAGACAGUUUACGCUGCAUUGAACCGUGAGACAUUACUCAAGUUCUAUCAGGACUCGUGGUUGAGUCUCGUCGAUGCCAUUGCCAGCCUGAUCGAUGAAGACAGCGAAUUUGUGUUCGAUGCACUGGACGGCAAGACGCAAGCUGAUACUGACAACGGCAAUACCGUGUCCCGAGGGACCGAUAUCAAUUAUCGUGAAGAGCCUGUGGCAUUCUUCUUCGUGCUGUUUGGUCUUGCGUUCGAAGCCCUUGCCAGCAAGCCCGGUGCAGACUCAGCAACUGCAAGAGCACAAAAACUUGAGAUUCUGCAAGCACUUAAGAGAAUUCUUCGACCAUCAAUUUCAGGAAAUGCCAUCUAUCAAGAGGUCAUCUUCAAUGAGACGAUGGAUCUGCUUGAUCGCAUGGUUCUUACGGAGCCAUCGAAUGUGCAGACUGUAAUUGUCGAGAUCGCAAGAAACCUUUGUGUUGGUCAUCCCUCCUCAAGACAGGGCAUGAGUGCGGAUGACCAUCUAUCAGAUGAUAUCGACCAACUUUUCGAGCUGACUCGCAUCAUUGUACUGGUAUUGGCAAGUAUUGUGCCCGGCCUGGCAGAAAGUCCUCGUCCUGUACGUGCCGACAUCACGGAUGAAGCUGUAACACUAGCACGCCUCUCUUUGGAUGCACUGGUCGAUGCUUCCGAGGUCUUCCCCUCCAUCAUCAAAGCCGAUCUGCAUGCAUGCAUCUUCCAGAUCUUUGUCACAAUCAUGAGCACAGGUGCAUGUCAAGCAACUUUGAUACCACAAGCAUUACCCAUCUUCCGCCGUUUCAUCAGUGGCGUUGGUGCGGACCCUGGUGAAGAUACCAAGAAGCAGGUCCGCAGCACACUUGCUCGCUUCCUGAUGAUCCUCAAAAAUGCCCAGAAACGCGAGUUUGAAGCAUCUCUACCAUGUGAGAAGAACACCAUACUAGCAGGCACCAUGCUUAUUACCUCCGCCAAUGCCGCUUUUGAGGCUAACGACCCUGCUCUUCUCCGCUUUGUGAGUGAGUUAACGGAAUGUCUCGACAACCCGAUGACGACGAAGAUGGCUGCUGGCUGUGUGCGAACACUACUAGUUGUACCCAUUCGUGGCGCUGCACAUCCAGCCAUCUUGUCACGUCUUCUACCACGUCUAGUGACUUUCCUCACCGCCCCCUCUGAUCUCGAAGGCAUCGACCAAAGCCGCACCAUCAUCGCACAAUCCCUCACAACAGCAAUCUCCACCUUCGCCUCCGACAAGAAACUCGCAGGUUUCGCGUUGCUCAUCCCAACUCUCCUCGCUCGCGCCGAGAAAGAAACUAGCAACACUGUGCAAAAAGAAACAGCAGCACGAUUGUUGGAGUUGGCGAGUAAUGACGCUAAUGCAUUUAGAGGUGUCGUGAUGAGACUAAGUGUUGAGCAAAAAUCGUUGAUGGAGAAGAUUAUCAAGGGUUCACAAGGGCCGAAACAGGAAGUUAGAGAGGAGGUUGAAGAAAAGGAACCGACCAUUGCUUUGAAGAUGAACUUUUGA